GAAGCUCUUCAAAUUAAGAAGUACUAGUAAUUUCUUCCAGUGAAACCAGCUAAUUGAUUAGACAGACUAUCCGUAGGAAAAAGCAGUUGAUAUAAUUGUCAAACCUACCCUCAUUAAUUAUGUGAGCUACAAUAAUUUGUUUCUUCCUUCCCAGAACUAAAUAAACCUCCUUCGACUCUGCAGGGCACAUUUCUCCAUAUCAGACCACACCUCUCUUUUCUGUAAGCCUCUUAUUGGUUCCCUAACGAAUGUUGUUAAUUACAUUGUUGUUCUGACUAUUUAUUCAGCUUCGGUUGUAGCCACGGAUUCAUGACAGAGAUUAUCAACUCAUGCUUAGUUCGAAGACUAUUUUAACUGUUUUAGUUUUGAGUUCAGAAUAAAGCACGCAGCAGAGAAAUCUCGAAGUGCAACCAAGAAAUUGCUUGAAGAUUUCACAAAGAAACGAAGACUAGAAUCGCCAAAAGAACAAGUCCAAAGUCCAAUGAAAUUAAAAUUUAUUAUUGUAUUGUGUGCCUCAAUUAGCACGUUUGUAUGUAUGGGAGAAUGGGAGCCAACUUGGAGCACAAGAGCUGCAGAAGAAGCUGAGGCUGUGGCAGCAAUACCAUGUUCAGGACAUGGAAGAGCCUACUUAGAUGGUCUUAUUCUUAAAGAUAUGAAUAAGUCUCGUUGUGAAUGCAAUUCAUGCUAUGCUGGAUCUGACUGCUCCCAGUUUUUAUCUGAUUGUCCUGCCAACGCUGAUGGUGGUGAUCCAUAUUUUAUGGAGCCAUUUUGGAUGCAACAUGCAGCAAGUAGUGCCAUUCUAGUAUCAGGAUGGCAUAGAAUGAGUUAUUCUUAUAGCGAUGGAUCAGUCAUCUCACAACUAUUGGUUGAGUACAUAAAAAAAGUUCAUGGCAUCGUUGGGAAUGCAAUCACCGAAGGAAAGUACAUCGUAUUUGGAAGUGGCUCAACUCAACUUCUCAAUGCUGCUGUUUAUGCCUUGUCUCCCGACCCAUCAAUGUCUCCAGCAAAAGUGGUAGCCACAGCACCAUAUUACCCGCUCUAUAGAGAACAAACGCAAUUUUUUAAUUCUAGGGAUUUUAGUUAUGAAGGAGACACAUCCUUGUGGAAAAACAACACAAAUAGCAGCUUCAGAUUUAUUGAGUUUGUGACUUCACCAAACAAUCCAGAUGGAAAGUUGAACAAGGGAAUUCUCAAAGGCUCUGAUGUGAAAACCAUUUAUGAUCGAGCCUAUUAUUGGCCACAUUUCACUGCUAUUCCUUCACCAGCUGAUGACGAUCUCAUGCUGUUUUCAAUUUCCAAACUCACAGGCCAUGCUGGGAGUAGAUUUGGAUGGGCAAUAAUAAAGGAUGAGGCAGUAUACCAAAAGAUGAUGAUAUAUUUGAGAUUGAGCGCCAUGGGAGUUUCCCGUGACGUUCAGCUGAGAGUUUUAAAGCUUUUGGACGUGGCUACUGAGGGAGAUGGAAAAGAAAUAUUUCAAUUUACAUAUUCAACAAUGAGAGAUCGUUGGAUAAGGUUGAAACAAAUCAUAUAUAAAUCAAAACGAUUUUCUCUACAGAAAUUGUCUCCCCAGUACUGUACCUUUUUCAAGAGGGUCAGAGAUCCUUCACCAGCGUACGCUUGGUUGAAGUGUGAGAGACAACAAGACAUGAAUUGCUAUGAAACCCUAAAAGCUGCUGGCAUCAUUGGCCGUAAAGGAAGUAACUUUAGUGCAGAUGAACGUUACGUGCGUCUCAGUCUUAUUAAGAGCCAAGAUGAUUUUGAGAUACUAACAAAUAAGCUCAGAAGUCUUGUUGCAAAGGAAUGGGAAUCCAACCCAGCUUCCAUUUAAUUGUGAGGAGUUUGCAUAUUGAAACCUAAAUAAAGGUCACAAUCACAGUCAGAUUAUCAAAAUAUCUGCACAUGCGUUGGGAACAUGCUUGUUGAAUAAAGUCUGAUGGCCUACAUUGAGAAAAAAUAGUUGUGUCAUGCUAAAUAUGACCCAUCAACGUAACUUGAAUAAAUGUACACCACUAAUUAUGAAUAAAUGUGUCGGUGUAAGAUUUGAUCUAUUAUAUAUGAUCAAUUUUAAUUUUAAUAAAAUAUUAUUCUUUUU